CCUUGACCCCGCUCUGACAGAUAAACAGAGGCUGGGGGAUAUGACCAGUCGCUGCUUCCUCCUUCGCCUUCCUUGGCCGAAAUGUGUGCGGCCAGCUGCGUGUCACCUUAAAGCCUCGAUCUAGCUAGUGACAAAAAAAUCUGCAACGCUCUUCAGUGUCGCUAUGCGGAGUGCUAUGCGGAGUGCGUACGUAAGGAUGAUAUGGUCCGCUCAAAGGCCGGGUAAAAGAGGACAGCAGAUGCUGGGUCGACCUGCUGUUUGUCCGGUCUGCAGAGCGUGUGGGAGAGCUGACCAGUGAUAGAGUUAGUCAACUUUCAGCUUAAUCGCUGGGUAUCUUGUUAGCUGAUGCGGCCACAAAGGGGAGAGUUUUUGAGCUGACCAUGAACCAGGGAGAUUAGCUAGUACCGAUUCGUAAGCACAGCUGGAGUGCAAUAUACCUAACGAUCUUCGGGAUACCCUGUGCGCGACCGUAGAAGAAAAACAAUUUGCUUGUCUUCAGGGGCAGCCCUCGGACGAGUUUGCGGACGCGUCUGUCAAAGCUUCUGCCAGCUCAGUGGGGUAGGGGGUGGUGUUACUGUGACUGACGUGCAUCUGCUUCAUUGGGGGCAAGAAAAGGUUCUUGUAGGACUGACCAGCUUGUUGAAGUUGGCAGCAAUAGCUGUGGGAACAGAAGCGGGGUAAGCAGAACCGAUGAUGUCAUAAGUUGCACUCAGCUUGGGUACCCGCAAGGAGCGGCGCGAUGAAGCUCUGCAGUGCGCCGGCCCUGCUGCAGGCCCUGGUGUUCGCUGCUCUUUGCUGGACGGCUGCCGCAGGCCCCCGGGGUAUUUCGGAGCCAAAUACUGUCGUCGGUCCCGGGAGCAGCGACUUGCCCGUCGCAAGGCUGCGGCCUUUUGCUGCUCUGACUGGGCCUCCGACUCCAAAGGGUAUCACAUACCAUGGUGGUCCUAUUCUGAGCAAACCACUUACUGUCUAUUUCAUCUGGUAUGGGGCGGCGUUCACUGCAGCCCAGAAAAAUAUCUUCAAGGGGCUCGUCAGUUCUUUCUCGCCGAGCUCGAACACAGGCAACACUGCUCAAUUGUGGUGGGCGAGCGUCAAUGCUUACUACGACGGCAACCAGAACCACGUCUCCCCGACUGUGGCUCUGGGAGCCGAUUACGAAGACUCUCCGGGGUCUCAGAACUCGAGCCUGGUCAUCACUCCGACCAGCAACGCGAUGUUCGAUGUCGUCACCCACGCGAUCACCGCGGGAGGGCUCCCAGUUGAUCCCAAUGGAGUGUACAUGGUCAUGGGGAAUCAAGGCACCUCGGUGGUAGGCUACGGAACCUGUGGGACGGAGUCAGAGUGCUCCAGCAACUCUUACGGAGUGACAUUCUGCGGGUGGCAUUCUUUUGAGAAAUAUAACGGGCAGACCCUUCACUACGGCUUUGUGGGCGUCGGCGCUCCGGCUUGCCGGCCGCGGGGGAAUAUGAACGGGUCUCCCAACGGCGAUCCUCCCAUCGACGCGGCCGCCAACAUUUUCGCCCACGAGUUGGCAGAGUCCGCCACCGACCCGCAAUACGACGCCUGGUGGGACGACGCUACUCAGCGCGAGGCGGCGGACCGGUGCAACUUCCUGUUCGGCACCACGACGCCAUCUGCCAGUGGGGGCGGCAAUUACAAUCUGGUAGGGAACGGCGGCAAGCAGUACCUCAUACAGCAGUUUUGGGACUUCACUGCCGGUGCCUGCGUCACAACUUCGGCGUCCAACGUCGGCGGCACGGUGGGCGGGGACCCCCACUUCGCGGCGGGUUACCUUAACUACACGACGGAGAGCGGGGAACCGGAGGCCGCGGCGAUCGACUUCGACUUCCAGGGCCUGCCGGACCGCACCUUCUGCAUCUCGUCCGACCUGCACAUCGCGUUGAACGCGCGCUUCGUGGGCGGGGCGCCCGACGAGCGCGGCGUCGCGGGCACGUGGAUGGACGCAAUCGCCAUAGUCUGGGCGUCCGAAACGGGCGUCCGCCGGACGCUGACGGUGUCCAUCGACCAGUCCAAGGACUUUUUGGACGGGGACUGCUACGAGAUCGAGUAUGAUGGGAAGAGUGUGCAGCUGUCGCCGUCGAACGAGACGGACGUGCGAUGGACGAGCCCCGACGGGCAGCUCCACCUGGCGCGGCCCCCCGGCCACGUGGGCCUUCCCACGUGGGGCAACAUCUCAAUCAUUGUCGACGGCAAUCUGAACCUCGAAUUGACUACAGAGGAGGAGAAGCGGAUCAACCUGGAGCCGCUCGGGAAGUUCAUCAACAUGGAGGUCAAGGGGCUGACUGCGACGCGCCACGUGCACGGGGUGCUGGGCCAGAUGUUUGCCCCGGGCGGGGUCCAGCGGCGGCUGGGCAUGGCUGUCUCGGACGAGAACAACCGGGAGUUUGUCGAUGGUAUUGUCGAGGAUUAUAUCACGCCCAGCCUGACGGACCCGGACUGCUACUACAGCGAGUUUCUGGAAUACGCGCGCGAGGAGCACAAUAAGAACCCGUCCAGACGAAAGCUGUUGUCUCUAGCGCACGGGGAGCGGAUUCACACCGCCCGCUUGAGUUACACGCACCGGUCGAACGGGGGAGCUAGGACGCGACGAGUACUGUGGCGGUAGCCAUAGCGUAUGGAAUCUGUGACGUCAGUCAAGGUCUUCGAACCCACAGGCGGAGCUUCGCUUGUGGGUAAUUGUAUAUUCGUGAUAUCAGCUUAGGACAAAGAUGGAUAUUGAAAGUUCGCAAAUGCAAGUUGCGUUUACUGCGGCGCUGCUACAGUGUGCGACUCCUUGCUUGACAGACUAUAGUUUCGAGUAUUUAUACGUUUCAAGACGAACAGGACUCAGCAUGUGUAAGGAAGGAAGCAAUUCUGGAAUACGGUAGUAACCAACAGCUAUUUGAGUUACGCUUCAAGUUCUUGGUACAGACACUAAAGACCUGCAGAUAUGAACCCAUGGGGUCGAAGCUGCAUGUGUUUCACAAUUCAAUGCUUAAGCUAGGGUCAUUGCCGGUUUUUUGUUGGGCAAGCAGGUGCAAAGCUCCCAAGUCGAGGAGCUCAAUACGUCAAAGAAGAAAACGAAGAAAACAUAUGGUUUCCGAUUGAAAUUGUUGCUCAAGGCAGUCAACUUCGAACACGCGCAU